AUGGCUCUGAGCUCUCGGGCGCACGCCUUUUCAGUGGAAGCCUUGGUGGGAAGACCCGGCAAAAGAAAAUUACAAGACGCUAAAGAGGAGGCGCAGCCCGAGCUGCUGGAGAAAGAAGGCAGAGAGGAGGAGAGAGAGAGCCGCGCCGCAAGGAAGAAGACAGAGCAGCCGGAAAAACUACCAAAGACAGAGCCCUCAGUAAGAGCUUUAACAAGUUGUGGAGAUGGUGGCGGAGACCGCGACAGCGUCGACAAUCUGGAAGAGAAAGAGGCGAUUCAAGUGGAGCUUCAAGGAUCCGAGCUGUGGAAGAGAUUCCACGAGAUUGGGACUGAGAUGAUCAUUACUAAGGCUGGCAGGCGGAUGUUCCCCUCUAUUCGGGUCAAGGUGAAAGGGUUGGACCCAGGGAAGCAGUACUAUGUGGCCAUUGAUGUAGUGCCUGUGGAUUCCAAACGCUAUAGAUACGUAUAUCACAGCUCUCAGUGGAUGGUGGCUGGAAAUACUGACCACUCCUGCAACACUGCCAGGUUCUAUGUCCAUCCGGACUCACCCUGCUCUGGAGAAACCUGGAUGAGGCAAAUCAUCAGCUUUGAUCGCUUGAAACUCACCAACAAUGAGAUGGAUGACAAAGGUCACAUCAUUCUGCAGUCCAUGCAUAAGUACAAGCCCCGUGUACAUGUGAUGGAACAGGACAGCAGAGUUGACCUUUCCCGGAUUCAGGCCUUGCCCGCUGAAGGGGUUAAAACGUUCUCCUUUAAAGAAACUGAGUUCACCACGGUCACAGCUUACCAAAACCAGCAGAUUACCAAACUGAAAAUAGAUAGGAAUCCUUUUGCUAAAGGAUUUAGAGAUCCUGGAAGAAACAGGGGUGUGUUGGAUGGACUUUUAGAGACUUACCCUUGGAGACCUUCUUUCACUGUAGAUUUUAAAACUUUUGGUGCAGAGACACAAGGUGGAAGUAGUGGUUCAUCUCCAGUGGCUUCCAGUGGAGGGGCUCCCUCUCCUUUGAACUCCUUGUUUUCUCCAUCUUGCUCCCCACCUACAUUUCACCACUUACCUCCAAGUUCCAUUGGAAUGCCCUGUCUGGAGGCAUGCCUGCACAAUAUCAACCUGCCCCAUAGUUACAAGAUUUGUCCAUCUAAUUUUUGGCAACUGCAGCAUCUUUUCUUGCCUACUAGUGAAACACUAGCAAGUCGCAACAUUUGUAAGUCUUUAGCUCCAUUCAUGAUGGAAGUUCCUAUGUUUUCUUCCCUGAGGUUUGCCAAAGCAAAAAAUAGUUUAUCUGAAGACUUCAAUGAGCAGUGUCUACAAGCAUCUAAUUCUGCCAAUCAACUGCUAUAUGGACUACAGUCACCUGGAAACAUUUUAUCACCAAACCCCAUUGCACAGGAAGCAAUUGGUUGUUCUUUCCAUCCUUCUUAUGGCUUUUAUAGAUACAACUUCUGUGCACCAUCCUCAUUGGCAAAUGUUGUGGACCACCUCAAAGUGAAUGAUAACAAUCAAGUUUCUUUUAGAAAAGGCAAAUGUAAUCAUGCUCAUUGGUAUCCAACAACUAACCAUUGCCUUUAA